GACGACUGCAGACUUUGGAAUCCCAUCACCGCCGAGCUGAAGAUAUACUUCCGAAUAUGUAGCACCAGUGAGCGACAGCAAUCCCCCGCCAAAUCCCCUUAUUGAUCUCAAAAGCCAAGAGCCAAGAGCCCAAAUGCGGAGGGAACUAAGAUCACAAUAGCGUCCUUCUCCACAACAAUCCAAACAGACUCGACAUUUGAUCUCAUUUGACUUCGAAAUCGCCAAUGAAUCCUCAUAGUUUCGGUCAAGCAUUACCCAGCUGAUAUCUCUUCAGUUUCUUUCCUUGGUUCGUCAAUCCAGUUCUUGAUUCUUCAAGCAGGGGUUGAUUCUUUCCGUCCUUGCAAACCAUGAUUUUGACCGACGUCAUACUGUAGACGGGCCUGGCCAUCUGCAAGACAACGGCAGAUUGACACCAGAUUUUCUGUUUUGUAAAAAUUAAUAUGAUUUUCAGUAGCACAAUAGAACUUUUUUGAUACACUCAAUAAAUGAACAAACACAUUUAUCGAAUCGCAGCCAAGUAUCAUUUCUUCAAUAUGUUCUGAUUUGAGAAUUUCAUCUAUCAUUUCAUUUCUGCCAAUUUGUUGGUCUUGUCUUAUCUUCUUCACGAUGAACGAUCCGGGUCUUGAUGAGCCCAUCUCCCACGACGCUGAUGAUGUAGAGAAUCAACAAUGCGAUGAGAGGGAUGAAACUAAGGAAGAUGAGGAAGCGUUCCUCGACCCAAGUCGUUGGUGGUUUGCUAGUACUGCAUUUCCCCUCGUCGCCGGCACCUUUGGCCCCAUGGCAUCAGCAUUCAGUAUUUGCGCAUUAGUUGUACAUUGGAGGGUCUCGAUACCACCCGGUGGAGUGGAGGAGCAUGGAAUAUAUAUUGAUGAUCCGAAAUGGUUGAUCGGGGUAAAUGCUGCACAAUUAGCAAUAGCCCUCAUUUCGAAUUUAUUCCUACUAUUAAAUAUGGCAGAAAGAGUUCGGUUCUCGAUCGCCCAACCUAUCACGAUUAUCGGCUGGUACCUGUCUUCUUUAGCAUUAAUUGGAUUAACGGCUUGUGCAUCUGGGCCUUUGACACUUCCAUCUCCACCGGACCAUGCUUAUACGCAAGCAUUCUACUAUGCUCUAUUUUCUGCUGGCCUAUACUUCCUGGUGGCUAGUUUGAUGGUGAUUACGGUAUACGGAGCACAUAAAGGGCAUUACCCGAAAGAGUUUAAAUUGACUAUGAGUCAAAGAACUCUGAUGUUGCAAACAAUCAGUUUCCUGGUAUAUCUACUUGCUGGAGCCGCAGUGUUUUCCCAUGUUGAGUCAUGGCAAUAUCUUGAUGCUCUUUAUUGGUGUGAUUUUACACUUUUAACAGUUGGUAUCGGAGACUAUGCACCGAUGACACAUUUGGGAAGGAGUUUAUUAUUCCCAUUCGCUAUUGGCGGAAUAAUCAUUCUAGGUCUCGUUAUUGGUUCGAUUCGAUCAUUGGUCUUAGAACGUGGAAAAGUUAAACUAGGGGCGAGAAUGGUCGAAAAAGAACGAAGGCGUAUCUUGAGGAAAACCCAAAGGAAGAAUGUUGAAGUAUUGAAACCUAUCGCAACUGGAGAGUCAUCUCUGGAAUCAAACAAUACACGUGUCAAUGAUGACGGCUUAACAGAAAGAGAAAGACGCCAACAAGAGUUCGAAUUGAUGAGACUUAUUCAAGAAAAGGCGGCCACUAAGCGUCGUUGGACUUCUCUGAUAGUUUCCGGGACUACAUGGCUUUUACUUUGGUUUGUCGGGGCGGCAAUAUUUCGGGUUACAGAGUACACACAAAGCUGGAGUUACUUUGAGUCUCUUUACUUUUCCUACACCUCGCUCUUAACCAUUGGAUAUGGGGAUUAUUACCCACAAUCCAAUUCAGGCAAACCAUUUUUCGUUUUUUGGUCUCUGCUUGCUGUCCCCUCCCUCACAAUCCUUACUAGUAACAUGGGAGACACAAUCGUUAAGGGCAUUCGUGAUGUUACUCUUUGGAUCGGAAAUUCUACCAUCUUACCUGGCGAGAGAGGAGUAAGACAUUCUCUCAAAGAAACAACAAACAAGAUGACGUUUGGAAAAUUAUUCAAAAUAUCAAAACUACCUCCAGAUGCUCAAGGUACUGCAGCUUCAAGCGAUUCUAGAAAGGGUACUGAUCUUGGCGCUGCGCAACAUGAACGCGAAAAUAUCCAAAAUCGACGUGGUGACGAACAAAAAGAGGAGAAUGAUAAAUUGCCGGAAGAUCGACAUCAUUAUCAUUGCAUCCUUAUUAAGGAGAUUGGAGAAGUGAUGAAACACCUUAAAAGCUCUCCGCCAAGAGAAUACACAUUUGAUGAAUGGGCAUGGUAUCUUAAAUUGACGGGAGAUGAUGAGAGCGUGGCUGAAACCCAUAGAAAGGCAAUUGUGAAACCAAAGAAAGGGAAAAGGCUAGGUGGCUCAAAGGGUGAAAUCGAUGAUAGAGAGGAGAAGUGGAGCUGGGUAGGACAUAGAAGUCCGUUGAUGGGGAAUAAGGAGGAGAGUGAAUGGGUACUGGAAAGGUUGCAAAAGACGUUAGAGAGGGAGCUGGAGGAGACGAGGAAAGAGAAGAUGGAAGUGGAAAGGAGAGAACUGAAGGAGUAGCCUGCGGGAGAAAGAUGUGAAGAAUGAGAUGCGACUAGCGAGGCAUGGCGUUUGGAACAGCAUUGAUACCUUGGGUUUUGGUCCAGUACUUGGGACUUGGAUGCGGAUUUCGGCGUUUUGGCAUUUACGAUACCUUACUGCAUAUGCUUUGUACUGGGAUGACGCACCUCUGAUUUUAUAUGACAACCUAUCAAUAAUAAAAUACUCAUAACUAGGUUUGCGAGCGCAAACAAUUCUUCAAUUCUCCUUGAUAACGUCUCGUUUUGCUUUAAACGUUUGAUUAUCUCGUGUUUGCUUGCGAGUCGAUUGGUAUAUACAUUAUAACCAGAUCGUAUUGUUAUUUUCCUGUAGUGUAUUAGAAUUAAGGUUUUCUAUUAUGAGUGUGGAGGCGACGAGGGAAAAUCGA